UACAUUAAAAGCGCCUUAAUAAAAACAUCAAGUUAUAUGUCUAUGCUAAGAGAAGUACGAUUUACGAAAAGAAAACAUGAAUCGUUUUGAUGUUAGUUUGUUAUGGAAAUUAUGGUUAAUUAGUAUAAUAACAGUGAAUUGUAAUGCUGCUGUACCAAAAGAACCAUAUCAGAAUCAGAUACCUACACAAGGAUUGUAUAAUACUAGUGAUGAUGUCGUUAUUUUAAAUGUCACUAAUUUUAAAUCAUCCGUCUAUGAAGAUACAAAAAGUUGGUUAGUCGAAUUUUAUAAUAGUUGGUGUGGUUAUUGUCUUCGAUUUGCACCAAUUUGGAAAGAUUUUGCUAAUGAUAUUUAUGCAUGGAGAGAUAUUGUAGUAGUUGCUGCAAUAGAUUGUGCAGAUGAUGAUAAUAAUCCAAUUUGUCGAGAAUAUGAGAUUAUGCAUUAUCCCAUGCUUAAAUAUUUUUCUGUAAAUGCACAUUCACCAUCAUUAGGAUUAGUAAUGGAGAAAUAUAAUAAGCUUAAUGAACUCAGACAUAGUUUAAUAGAUUUAUUAGAAAGAGAACAACAAGAAGGAAGAGGCAUUUCAUGGCCUAAUAUAGCACCCUAUAGAUAUUAUGAAACAACAAACAUAUGGAAAGCUAUUCCAAAUACAGUAAAAUAUUUCUUUUUAUUAUUUGAAAAAACAGAUUCACAUUUGGGUGCAGAAGUUAUAUUAGAUAUGCAUAAAAUUAAAAUAUUACAAAUGAGAAGAGUAUUAUCUGAUAAUGAAUUAUUAUGUGAAACAAACAAAAUCACAAAUUUUCCAAGUCUAAUAGUUUUAGGUCGUAAUGAAACACAAAAAAAUCUUAAAAUUAGAAUACCUACAAGGGAAGGUAUUUAUAAUGUUAUUAAAGAAUUUAUAACUUCUAAAGGAGAAAUUAUUCAUGAAAAUACUUUCAAAAAUUAUUCGAUAAAAAAUGAAAAUCAUAAAUUAAGUAUUAGCACAACAAAACAAUUACAAAUAAUAGAACAGCAAAAAAAUAUUGAAAAAAAUGAAGACUAUUUAUAUCAGCUUGAUUUGGAAAAUACAUUAAAAUAUUCAAUUUCUCAUGAAAUUCCAUUACAUAAAAUGAUAAAAGAUAAAAAAAUGGAUGCAUUAAAAAAAUAUUUAAAUGUAUUAGCUGAAUAUUUUCCUCUAAAAUAUGGUAACAUUUUUCUAGAAACUAUUAGAGAUAUUAUUUUAAAAAGAAGUAAUAUAUCUGGAGAAGAAUUUAGUCAGAUAGUAAAAUCUAUAGAAGAAGAAAUGUCACCUAUAUACUCUGGACCAUCAAAAUGGAUUGGAUGCAAAGGAAGUAAAGAAGAAUAUCGUGGAUAUCCUUGUGGUCUUUGGACAAUGUUUCAUAUGUUAACAGUUAACUUUGCUAUUCUAAACAAAGAUGCUGAACAUGAACCAAGAAAAAUAUUAGAAGCAAUGUAUGGAUAUAUACAAUAUUUUUUUGGUUGUGCUGAUUGUUCUCAACAUUUUGUCCAAAUGGCUUCAAAAAAUAAAAUGUUUGAAGUAUCAAAUAUUAAUGAUAGUAUCUUGUGGUUAUGGUCUGCUCAUAAUGAAGUAAAUGCAAGGCUAUCAGGUGAUAACACAGAAGAUCCAGAAUAUAAAAAAAUUCAAUAUCCAGCAAAAAUAUAUUGUCCAAAUUGUAGAUAUGAAAAUAGUACUUGGAAUGAAGAAAAUGUUUUACAUUAUCUUAAAACAAAGUAUAGUUAUAAAAAAAUAAAUUAUUAUAAUUCAGUUAAUACACAAAAGAAUGAUGAUAAUAAGAUGAAAAUAAGACAAGAAAGACUUGUAUUAAAUAAAUAUACAAGUAAUAAGAAAAUUGGAUGGGAUUUUACAAUUUUUGACAUAAGUAUUUGUGUUGUGUUAUAUGUUGCAUCUGCUAUUAUUCUCAUAUUAGUAUGCAUAAAAUUUGCAGUCAAAAGAACUUACAGAAAACGAAAUUAUGUUAGUUUAUUUGCAAAAUGUGAUUUUUAUUUUUGUUAAUCAAAAUAUUUAAAAUUUAAAAAAAAUACAUUUUUAAAAAAUUAAUUGAAAAUUGUGAGAGUAUAGUGUGUUAUAAACAUAUUGUACAUAUAUUAUUUCCAUAAUUAUAUAAUUUUUUUUAAAAAAAUAUAAUAUCAAUAGAUAUAUGGUUUUAAUUACUGUUUAAAAUAGUAAUAACUAAAAUUAUAAUUCAUAAAAUAUUAUGGUACAUAUUUAUUAUAUAUUAAUUUAGUAAUACAUAUUGUUUGCAAUACAUUAUAUAUAAAAUAUAAAUAUUUGAGAUUAUAUGUUAGAAUGAAAAAGAUAUUGUGAUAACUAUUUAAACUUAAUGUAUAAAAUUUUAUAAUGAGAUUAUUUUUUCUUUACAUGACGUAAUUUUCUUUACAAUUUAUUAAUAAAUACAAGUUCUAAGGCUCAAUAUAAACUAUACAUUUAACAUUAUUGUAUUAAAUUAAAAAAUAUAUAGUAAAAGUUAUUUAAAUAACAUUUAUGUAACAUCAUAUAAUAUCAAUGCUUUUAAAACUAGUCUUACCAAUGUACAAUAUACAUUAAUAUAAAUUACAUUAUGUUUAA